AUGGUAGGAGUUGCGGGACGAUCCAGAGCUUGCGAUGAGUGCCGGCGUCGACGGAUAAAAUGCGAUCUCACAACUCCACACUGUAAGCGGUGCCUCAAAGCAGGGCUGCAAUGCGGAGGUUCCCGGGGCCUCAGUAUUCUUCAAUAUGAUGGCCAGAGCGGACGAGCAGUUUCAUCUAAUAUAGCCAGCCACCCGAGUAAUAUGAAUCCAGCAGCCCCUGGGAGCAUAUACAGGCCUCAGAUAUCCCACGAUCAAAUAUUCGUCACAUACACAAUCUCUCAACUUCUAAAAGGCGGUGGCGAUGCGAAUUCGAUACCUGGAAGCAGCGGAGGGCUGGCCAAGCAGUGUUUGGUUGCGCUCUCGACCACCUACUUUGGCAUUGCACACAUGGAGCAGGAGAUUUUGAGGAGUGGCAUGUCCAAGUAUGGAAGAUCGUUGCGGAAGCUAAAUCAGAUGUUGGGUGAUCAAAAUGCUAGUCGUACGUUAGAUGUGCUAGAGGCCAUAAUGAUCAUGGCGCUGUUCGAGUAUCUCAUCAGCGAUCUCGAAGCUGGAUGGUUGCAACAUUCGCAGGGCCUUGAGAGGCUUUUGGAGAUCAGAGGACCGGAAUCUAUGGCAUCACUUCCUUGUCUGACAAUAUUAGAAAGUGUUCGCCUGUCCAUCAUCUUUUCGGCAAUCCUGUUGCGUCAAAACACUAUUCUUGCGUCUUCAGACUGGAAGAGUCUCCCAUGGGCGAAUUAUACAGGACGCAAAGAUGCAAUGCAGCUUUUGAUUGAUAUUCUUGCGGACUGUCCGGAGCUUUUCGUGUUACUGGAGUCUCUUCCUGCCAACUCGGCCCCCCGCGAGAGGCGUUCUGCUCUGCACCAUCUUGAGGAGAAAGCCUGCAAUACUCUGGACAAUCUUCAUACGUGGAAGCAAAGUACAUUUACAAACCCAUGGACUGAAGUGCCCUCGCCUUCCUCAACACCAAAAACUGUAGACUUGGAAGGACUGUCAACGCCCACCUGGCAAACGGUCUAUCAUUUUGAGUCCCUCUACCAGGCUAAUAUCGUGAGCCUUUAUCAUAGUGCGAUUAUUCUUGUACUACGACUUUGCCUUGGCAUUCAACUAGAGUUGAAUGAAGAAAGGUGUGAGGAAACGCGGGCCUCCAUAAACAAGGCCGGAAUCGCAAUAUGUCGCAGUAUGGACUACCACAUGGAGAAAAGGGGAGAUGAUAUUGGCAGCCUCUUUAUAUUAUUCCCUCUACGAAUGGCCUUUGAUGCCGUGGGAACUGAAUGUGUGGAGAUUGGAUCAUGGCUCAAGGCAAUAUUGCAAACAAUCUAUUCGGGCUCAGCCGGCAGAUGGGCAACUGCACGAUAUUUGCUUGACAUCCAACCUUCGAACCACCUAGCACCAGCAUAG